AUGAGCGGGGCCCGCGGGCCGCGGGGGGACUCCGGCCCCGCCGCCCGCUCCGCCGCCCCGCCCGGGCUCCUGCGGCGCCUCCGCGACAGUGAAUCCAAAAGGCUGGAAUUAGAGAGAGAACUGCUCGACUACAGGAAAUCUGAUGCAUACUUAGCAAAACUGAAGUAUGUGAAGCUAAAAAAGUACUUGAAAGAAAUAGAGGAGCGACAAAAAAAGGCCUUGCUGCGAAAUCAGAUGUUUUUGAAGGAAUUCAUUGAAUUUGAAGCUCAUAUGAAAACCUCAAGUGCAGAGAUAAUUCAGAAGAUGGAAGUACAGUAUGGAAGAGAAAUGAGAAGUGUGCUAUCCCAUCAAGAGAGUAGCUUGCCAGCAUGGGGCGAAGAAGGCAGUGAGCAGGUGCCGCUUGUUGCAAGACAGGCAGGAAUUAACCCUGGGACAGCCAUGUCAAGAGGACUGUAUCACCCAGCAACAAUCUUUAUGGGCCGCCAAAUGUCAGCCAUCUCAAGCACUGAAGAUUUCAGUACACAGCAGAAAUCUUGCCAGCCCACCAAGAGCUUUUCAAUUUCUGACCCAUAUUCAUGCAGACAGGCAGCGCAGAGCAGUAAUGUGACAGACAGCUGUGUAGUACAAACUAAUAGUGAUACGUGGUGCUUAAAUAGGUCUGACAAAAUAGAUGUGGAGACAAAUCUCCAGAUGGGUGAGAAAAUGCCAGUCACAUCCAGUAUAUCAUCAGAGAAUGGAAGAACUCGCUGUCCAGCAAUAGAAAAUAAUACAAAUAACAGGCAAAUUAAUUUAGCAGCAAGUGAGAAGUCUGCUGAAAUCAGCCUUCUGUCACAUCAAAAAUUAGGUCCAGAGAACAGAACCAGUGAUUUAGAAAGUGACAGUUCUAGCAGAUCAGUAAAAGCAGUAGUGACAUCUGAGCACUUUGGAGCAAACGAUGGAAGAUCUAAACAGCCACUUCCCUUGGUAUCUACUGUUGCCCCARUCAUAUCCAAGAAGGAGCAUCCACAGGGAAGUUUACCAGAACCGGAAUGUCACGCAAAAACCUCAAACGCAGUGAGUUCCGAUAGCAGCAGCAGCAACCUCACAGUCUCGGUGACCGAAGAGGACGACAUGAUAAAUGCCACUGAACUGCAGCGGUGUCUCGGAGCCACCUGCAGCGAGGGGACAUUAGAAGCAGUCAGCUUGGACCAAGAGGGAGGCACCCGCCCCGCAGAGGAGUUUUCUGUGCAGUCACCAAAUUUGCAUCCUGCAGAGGAUGAGCCUUCAUCUGGCUCGGCACAGGAAGGGGAUAGUUUGACACUUGAAGGAUUCUCUCGUUUACUGCAGCUGGUAGAAGAUUUGGUGGAGAUGGGAAGUCCCAGGUGCCUGGCGCUGUACCAGAGAGGAAGCACAAGUGCUGCAGAGAUGAACCAGCUAAUAAGCUUUUGUAAUCAGGCUGGCAAUUUGAAAGAAGAGGACCUUGAAGCCUGUGAAGCAGUUGUCCUUCACCAGCUUCAGCAUCUAUUACGGAGCACGCUGAAUGGGUGCCUCUUACCUGAGACAGCACUUGAUGYUCGAGGUAGACCUAGAGGAGAAAAGCAAAUCAGGUCAGAGCAGCAAUUGGACCUUGCCGUGUUGUGGGCUUGCUUGAGCAAACAUGCCUUGUUCCUGAARAAGCACCGUGUUUUGCUCCCAGACGAAGUGGCAAAGAUGUUUGAUACCUUGCUGAUUUCRGAAAAAAAAAUACAAGGUGCUCAGGCGCUACUGUUAUCAAGAGAGGCCCUUCCGGAAGAGUGUGAAGACAGGUCAUCUGUUCAGAGCAUGGAAUCAUCUUACAGCUUGCCCUCAAUUCUGCAAGACCACGGUGAAGCAGAGCCAGCAGAACACGCUCCGCACAGGCCCGAUGGCCUUGGUGCAAGGAAACAAGAAGUCACAAGCUGGUGUGAAGAUGAGAGCAAGGAAGAAAGGGUGGCAGAAGCAAUUCCUAUUACAGGUGCCAAGACCUUGGAAACAAAGAAAAAGUCAGACGUGAACGCCGAAGCCAGUUCCUCAUCUAACGAAGGAAGAAGUCCUUUCCCAAGGACGGAGAGCAGGAGGGGAAUGGUAACUGCUAUAAGAUCCAAAGCUUUCUGGGGAGAAUCUGAUGACAGCAACUCCGAUAUCGAGGCUGCCCUACGUCCACAACCUCACGCUCCGGAAGAUGAUUUCGAUGACUUCUAUGAUUAAGAUACAGCCCCUGCUUGUUCUGGGGGGAGGAAAUAAACAGUUUUGCACAAGGUUGGAGUGCUGGUGUCUGCCCUGCAGCUCAUCAUUACCUUUUUCAUUUCAGUUUUCCUUCAACUCUUACUCAGUACUCCACUGAGCCCCCUUGUACCUCUGCUUUCUCACCUGCUAAGUUCUCAUCUGAAGGAAAUGCUGCCUAGAAAACCUGUCCUUUUU